GUUAGAAGGUUUAUCAUUAAUGUUUUUAUUUACAAACACCGCUCCGAAAAAAAGAUUGAUCAGUCGUCAGGUUGGAAGAAGUGAAGGCUUUACUUGCUUUUGCUGUCACUGUACAUGUACAUGUUGUGUAGCAGUGCACUUUGAUUGUUGAGCUGUAGUGAAUGAAGAACGAGGAGUGAAAAUACUUCGGUUUUGAUUUUGUGCCAUAACUCCACCAUCACGUGGCUGGUGGUGUGGUCUGAGUCAACAUGCCCCUCAAGAAAGACGAAGAGACAGAGCCAUUGUUGGAGCCUCUGUCUCAAACCUAUGACCCCAACGUGGUGUCAGCUCGAUCGGUAAUCCCGCAUGAGAUAGCUACUUCCACACAGCCGGGUACCAGCGACCAGCAGCCAAUAGAAGCACCCGGGGCAAGAGCGUACGCCGCUACCAUUAUCCUCUUCUUGGUCAACCUUCUCAAUUAUGUGGAUCGAUUUACAAUCGCUGCGAAUCUCCAAGAUAUACAAAAGACCUACAACAUAGCGGACAAUAACAGUGCGGCUGGACUAGUACAGACGAUUUUCAUCGUUGGCUACAUGGUGACAUCACCAGUAUUUGGUUACCUUGGCGACCGUUACCCCCGCAAAAUCAUCAUGUCAGCGGGGAUACUGUUUUGGGCGGCCAUGACACUGAGUGGUUCGUUCAUUCCAGCCGAUCAAUUUGGAUUUUUUGUAGCGAUACGCGGCCUAGUAGGAGUAGGGGAGGCAAGUUACUCGACCAUUGCCUGCACCCUCAUCGGCGAUCUGUUCAUCGGUAACCGACGCACUCAAAUGUUGAUGUUAUUCUAUUUUGCUAUCCCUGUUGGAAGUGGCCUUGGUUAUAUUGCUGGAAAAGGAGUAGCAGACGCAUUUAAUGAUUGGAGAUGGGCUCUUAGGAUCACACCAGGCCUUGGUGUUUUGAGUGUGAUAGCAAUUAUGGUUAUCAUCAAGGAGCCCAGCAGAGGCCAAGCGGAGACUGGAAACCGUACCAUAUCAAGCCAGAGUUACCUUGAAGAUCUCAAGGCUCUCCUUAAAAACAAGACCUACAUGUUUACAACCCUAGGUUUUACAUCCAUAGCAUGGGUGGUGGGUGCACUAGCACUGUGGAUGGUCAAACUCAUGGAGCUUGUUUAUAAAAUCAACGACAAGUCUAGUGGGAAUGUAAGCUUCAUCUUUGGUGCUCUGACAUGUGCGGCUGGCGUCUGUGGUGUGUCAUUAGGGACAAUGGGAGCGCAGUUUCUCAGGCGUUAUAACUCGAAGGCGGACACCCUAGUAUGUGCCUUGGGGAAUCUACUAUCUGCUCCGUUCCUCUACUUCGGUUUUAUCUGUGCCCAAAAUCAUGUCACAGUUGCUUGGGUCUGUGUCUUCUUUGGUGAGAUGUGCUUGUUCCUCAACUGGGCACUUGUACCAGACAUUUUAAUGUAUGUAUUGAUACCAGUGCGUCGGUCAACUGGUAAUGGGAUGCAGAUGCUGUCUAGUCAUCUACUGGGAGAUGCACUGAGCCCACUCAUCAUAGGAGCUGUCUCGGAUAAGAUCAGGGGUGGUAUGGCGAAUCCUGACACCGACAUGUCUCAUUUUACGAGUCUUUCUUAUUCCGUCUUGAUCACUACUUUCAUCUCAGUCAUCGGUGGUGGAUUCUUCCUGGCAUCGAGUCUUUUUGUCGAAGAAGACAAACAGAAGAUGCAGGAUACACUGAAAUUUUACCAAGAAGUUGAAGAGAAUCCUGACGUCGUCGAAGUCCGCCAACCCAUCGGUCAACGACACCACAAUCCAGACGUGAUUAUAUGAUAGAUUCUUCCAAAAACUUGCUCAAAACAAAGAACCAAAGUUGGGAAACACACGGACAACAUUGAUUAUUACAAAAAAGGACCUGUGAAAGUCAGGUUCUUCCAAAAAUCUCACUCAAAACAAAGAACCAAAGUUGAGAAUUUGUCUAAAGACCAGUAUCUGCACUCUGUGAAAAUCUAGUUAAAAAGAAAGAACCAAAGAUGGGAUUGCCCAGGGACAACAUUGAUAAUUGUCUAAAGACCAGUAUCUGCACUCUGUGUGACCCCAAAAUAUACAUACAUGAAAUAAAAGAUGUGAUUAUAUUACGGGUUCUUCCAAAAAUCUUGCUCAAAACAAAGAACCAAAGUUGGGAAACACACAGACAACAUUGAUAAUUGUCGAAGACAAAUAUCUGCACUCUGUGUGACCCAAAAUAUACAUGAAAUAAAAAACGUGAUUAUAUGACGGGUUCUUCCAAAAAUUUUGCUCAAAACAAAGAACCAGAGUUGGGAAACACACAAAGAUUGAUUAUUGUCUAAAGACCAGUAUCUACACUCUGUAUGACCCAAAACAUGAAAUAACAAAUCUGUGAAAGUCUGGGCCCGCGGCCUGACGUUUCGAUCCUAGCAGAGUCUUUCUCCAAAGCCAUUGAUAAACAUCAGGCUGUUAAACUACUCUUUUGCAUUAAUACCAAUUGUUCCUUUUGGUAAAAAUUUGUUUUUACUGGUUUCUUAAAAAAAAUAGCAUUUCAGGGGAAAACAAUUUUUCAAUGAAAGUUUUCCACCUUGGCAAUUUUUAAUAUGGAAACAUAAUUUUCAGGAUUGUAUCAAAGUUUUGUAUGCUUAAAAUUAAAUAUUUUGUUAUAAAUAGCUUUGUCAUAAAAACGAUUUGAAAUGCAUAUAUUUUGUUUAAGAAUACACUGCGUUUAUAAAUGGCACUACACAAAUUCUUAUUCAACUGUUAGCUUUUCAAGACGCAUGUAAAAUUUACUUCAUCACGAAGCUUGUGAUGUCAAAUCUUGCCUAGCAAAAUUGGUUCAUCAGUCACACAAGACAACAUGUAAUGUGAGCUUAUCACGACUGGUUCCACUGUAAAUUAAUACAUUAUAGCAGUUAAAUUUGUUAAGCGAAUUAUUCAAGUUAUUAGAAACUAAUGAAACUGUACCUACUUUUAUGUUGACUUGCCUAAGGGUUCUUAUGUGAGUGCAGCUGGCUUUAUCAAACUCACCAGGCACCAGCUACAUGUAUGCAUGAACUCCAUAAAAAGUACAAUGGGGGCCGAUGCAGUUUUGCAACCCCAUACAACGAAUUCCGUGUGUGCACGUGCACAAGAUGGCAGCAGACUUACUAGGUGAAUUUCCAUUGUUUACGUAGUACUGAGCACGCGCACAUUACCAAGAACAAUGGAUUUACCUGGUAAGUCUGCUGCCACCAAUUGAAGUGUCCCGAAAGGUCCCCUAUUACAGUACUGUCACAGAGCACAUUGGGACUGGCAGGGAUCCUGGGCCGAGCAUGGCUCUGCUUCUCAGUUGCUCACUGUGAAACCUUUUGCAGAAAAAUUGCGCUAUCGUUUUUGGACAAGGCUAACUUUCAUGGUUACUAUGGUGCUGGCCCUAGCAUUUUGCCUUUAAUAAUCAUCCCUAUUUAUGCAGUGCUGUCAUCCGCCAAUGAUCGGUAUCUGGUCACUGGGUCGAUUAUUUCAUUCUUUUUAAACCAUCUCAGCUCCUUCUGGACUCAACAGCAUGUGCUUUCAAGUGUGUAGAGCACCAAGCUUAAUCAAUCACAAGAACCAUCUCUUUAUGCCCUCACAUGGAUUUACAGUUGUGCUCUAUAAAAUUGUACUUGGCUUCCAAGCUGGGCCCAAUUUCAUGGCUCUGCUUACCGCCGAAUUCUGCGCUUACGAUCACGAUUCCCCGCUUACCUGCAAGCGCCGAAUUUCUGUGCUAGCCUUGUAAGCGUAGAAUGCCUAGUAGCGUAGAGUGCGUAGAAGCCACAAUUUGCCGCUUACCCGUGAAAUACGCCUGCCGUAAGCACAGAAUUCCCUGCUUCUGUAAGUGCCGAUUCUGUGCCUACGGUAAGCAGAGCCAUGAAAUGGGCACUGAUCUUUUGGGCUAAACAUACAGGUUUCUCUGGUUAUGGAUUAAUCCACCUAAUUGGGCUGCUUAAGAAAAGAUACAUGUUUACAUAAACAAAGAUAAGUUGUAAAUAAAAUUCUCACACCAUUUUUGUACAUUUAAAUAUAUUAGUAUGAAAUGAUGGACUAUUAAAAUUGUGUCAUAGACAUCAAAAUGCACUAUGCAG